GAUGAAACACUAAAAACCCUAACCAAACAAAAAUCACAAAACCUCUGUUUUUUCCCAUAAUCUAUCAAGAAAAUCAGUAAUCUAUAACACUGAAUCAAAACGUAAGUUGCGAUGAGUAGUGGUGCAGGAGCUGUAAAGCCCAAAGAGGAGGAACAAGAUGGCAUGUCCGUCCAUUCUCCUUGCAAACCACCUCCUUCCUCCGCUUCCUCUCUCCCCAAGGAGCAAGCGCAGGUUGAAUUGGAACUCAGACUGUUGCAAGCUCUUGAAAUUUAUCCUCCAAUAAAACUUCAAGGAAUACAUCGCCACUUUGUCCUUUAUGGUUUGAUGGAAUAUCUAAAGAAGAGUUUCGACAGACACUUCUCUUCUGAAGAGGUUCUUCAGUUGCUGGAUCGGUUCUACAACUUAGAAAUGCUGAAAACAGACGAUGAAGAUAUCGAUAUGCUUAAUCACGAAGAAGAUUUCAGCCUGCCUCAGAGUUUCUUUGGAAAGGAAGAAUCUUGAGCUAUAAAUAUUUUCAUUUGGACUUCUGUCCACCCGCUGAUUUUGUAAAGUUCGUUGUUAAUCUAUUCUGUCAUGGUCUUCUCCCCUCAUUGUGUUGGAUUAUGCUUCGAAUUCGGUGGUGGUUCUUUUGUCUUUCCUGUUAAGUUGUGGUGGCUCUUAUCACGCACAUCUAUCAUGUUUUGUGCGGUGGUUCCGAGUAUUAUAAUCUCGGUUUGGGCUGCUUAAUAAUAUAUUUAACUGCAGUGAUUUGGAUAUAGAACAUUAAGACUUCAGGUAUAUUUAUCUGAUUAAGCAAAGGAUAUCGUAUUUUCAAUGUACUGGGAUGGAAUAUUUUUGGUGAUAAACACACCUCUUUCAUCUAA